UUGUCUUGCCUGGGGCGGAAGUGAAAGGAGGACGGCGUGGUGCUGAGGAGGAGGCGGGUUGUUUGUGCCGAGUGUGUUUAGUCGUUUUUCGGCUGCUUAAAAUACUGCUGCGAGGUUUCCUCUGAAUUCCUCACGCUUGCGGGUGAGAGAUGUCUGACAACGAGGACAACUUCGACGACGGAGAUUUCGACGAUGUCGAGGAGGAUGAAGGGCUGGACGAUUUGGAGAACCCGGAGGAUGAGGAUCAGGAGAACGUGCAGAUCCUGCCAGCGGGGGAGGGCCAGCAGGCCAACCAGAAGCGCAUCACCACCCCCUACAUGACCAAGUACGAGAGGGCCAGGGUGCUGGGCACCCGGGCGCUGCAGAUCGCGAUGUGUGCCCCCGUGAUGGUGGAGCUGGAAGGAGAGACGGACCCUCUCCAGAUCGCCAUGAAGGAGCUGAAGAGCCGGAAGAUCCCCAUCAUCAUCCGGCGCUACCUCCCGGACGGCAGCUAUGAGGACUGGGGCUGCGACGAGCUCAUCAUCACGGACUGAGGGGCGCCGGCCCCCGAGCGGAGCCGGGCCGGGCCCCGCGUUCCUGACCCCUCCUCCCGCCUCCUCCAGUUCCCCUCCCGCUCCUCCUCCUGGCUCGCGGAGUUCCCCCCGAAGAGGAACGGCAGCUGGCGGCGGGAAAGGCCGGGAAUUUGAUCCCAGUUCCUGGAAGCCACAGACCCUCCUCUUCGGCACGGACAGCCGGGCUGACUGGCUGACCGGUCAGUACCGUCACCUCGUCCGGCGGGAUCGGAGGACAGGACAACGUCUUCCUGACGGGCCGAGCAGGGAGCGCGGGAAUGAUGUGAGAGUCCGAGCUUGGAUCACAUCACAUCACGUGAGGUUUUAGCUCCAAUCCCGCAGUGUGGGCACCCCACCCCCCACCCCCCACCCCUCCCGCCCCGUUUUAAUUCCAGUUUUCCUUCUGCUGUGCACUUGGAUGGCGGCUGUGGCCACAGAGCUCCACCAGGGGGCGUUAAUAUUUCAGAGAAAACCAGGUCUGGCGCUCGGCUCUCCUGUGCAUUUCAGUGAUUUACAGUUUGUAAAAAUGUGUAUAUUUUUUGUUAUCGGAAUAAAAAUGGCAAAAUUCCUAA